AAUCUCGUCAGUUCAACGCCAAGUUCGAGCAGCGAGAACAGUCUCAGUACUAGCAUCUACGAAUAUCGCAGCGAUGAAGUUCAUUGUGACAUUACUUCUGGUCGUGGCGCUCGUGGAUCUAAUCCAUUGUACACCAACGGACCGCAAAGCUGAUUAUAUAAUAGACAAUAGCAGUUCUAAAGAUCCUGAAGAUAAACCUGUACCAAGUUCAGUCACAGAGAAGUGGGAAGUGGCUGGGUCAGCCGCGGAAGUUGUCAAUCUCGAUGAUUCUGUACCCGUGAAAACAAACGAAGAAACUAAGAGUCCGAUCGCAACUACGGAACCUACCUCUUCUGACAACUUCAUUAAUUCUUUUUGGUAUUCAAAUUUUGCAAACCUAGCAGGAGAUCCUCAAAAAUAUGUGUUUUGUGGGAAUAAGUGGUAAACUCAAUAUGUAUAA